UCCUUACAUGACAAAAAAAAAAAUCUGAAAUUGAAAAUUUCAAUAUUAGAAAUGUUGAACAGAAUCUGAAAUUGUAAACUCAAUAUUAGAAACGUUGAACGUUUUUAGAGAAUGCGUGUAUAAAUGAAGGGUUGUGGGAUAUGAUAUCACACAUAUUAUUUUUGUUUGAAGUAAUUAUUAUCGGUGCGUAAGAGUAACAGGUGAAGGAAUCAUGGGUCGUCGUAAGAUCGAGAUUGUGAUGGUAAAGAAUCCCAAUACAAGACAGGUCACAUUCUCGAAGCGACGAACUGGCUUAUUCAAAAAAGCGAAUGAAUUAUCCAUUUUGUGUGGAGUGGAAAUUGCUAUUGUUGUGUUCUCUCCAGGGAACAAACCUUACUCUUUUGGGCACCCUAGUGUCGAUGUUGUUGCAGCCAAAUUUCUUCAACAAGAGUCCGAUUCAAACGAUGAUGCCCAAGAAAACAACCCAUUUAAUGAAGCUGCUCAAAUUCAUACCUUGAAUCAACAAUUGUGUGAUGUUCAGGCCCAAAUACGUGAAGAAGAAAAGAAGGGUGCAAAGCUUGAUGAGGGACUCGAACAAUACCAAGUCACACAACCCUCUCAAUCUCAAUAUAAAGAAUUGCAAGAUUCAUUUUUAAAGCUCCAGUGCAGGGUCAAGGACUGUCUUGAUGCAAUUGAGGUAUCAGAAUGUAUGAUGCUCCUUCGCCAAGAGCCAGUUGUGGGAAUUACAAGAAGAAGAAGAAAGAAUUGAUGCUACGCAAUAUUGUAAAUUAUAUUUUCAUUUAAUUAAAGUUAUUUUCUUCUGUAAUCCUUUUGUUUCGAUUCCUCUUUGGUAAAGUUAGAGUGUGAUGGGAGAAAAAAAUAGUAGUAGGUGAACAAGUUUUCUUGUUCAUUGGAUUUAAAAAAAUUACAAACAAAAAAGCUAUUUUUAAUUAUUCUGUCUAGUUCUGCAUU